GGAGCCGGGAUCGGCGCGGAGCCGGGCUUAGCCGCCUCCCAGACAUGCGUCCCGGCUCCUUGUGAUCUUCCACCGGAUCGGCCGGGACUUUGCCUCACUACACCGGGAGUUCCUUGACCGCAAAAGAAAGGUGCGGGCGCCAGCCACGGGCAGCUUGGCGAUGGCACCAGCCCGGGGCUGUGCCCAGCCUGUCGGCUGCCUGGGAGCCUGAUGGCCACAAGGGUCCGGCCACGGGCGGCCGGAGAGAAGACCGCACAGCGGGAGACGGCACCGAAGUGAUGGGCUGAACUUACGGGAGGAACCAGCACCUAUCCAGGCAGGGGUCUGGGGACCCACUGGGAAGCGUGAAGGGCCCAUUUCAGUAAGGGCAUGGCCAAAGCUUUCUUCAGGCUACAGAAGUUUCUUCGGCGGACCCAAUUUCUGCUCUUUUUCCUGACAGCUGCUUACCUAAUGGCUGGCAGCCUCCUGCUGCUGCAGCGGACCCGCCUGGUGGUCCAGCAGGGGUCACGCGGGACCUCCGCCGGGCAGGCCCUGCUGGUGCCGGAGGCGAUGCUGGGCGCUGGGCUGGCAGACCCCCGGGCGGCACAGAGCCCCCGUCCCAGGCUGCUGGCGGGCACGGCCACGCUGCAGGAGCUGGCGCCGGCCCAGCGGCACGGCCCGCACUGGCUCACGUCCCGCAACUCGGAGCUGAGGCAGCUGAGAAGAAGGUGGUUCCACAGGUUCAUCAGCGAUCAGGAGCCCAUGCAAACAGCAGGACUCAAAGCGAUGAAGCAUACUGCUGAACACAAAGGUACCUACAUGGGAUGCUUCAGUGAUGAUUCGAGGGAGAGGACACUGAAGGGUGCUGUGUUUUAUGACUUAAGAAAAAUGACAGUAUCUCACUGUCAGGAAGCUUGUGCUGAGAGGGCUUACACCUACGCGGGCCUGGCAUACGGAGCAGAGUGCUACUGCGGAAACAAGCUCCCAGUCACUGCCUCCAGGCCUGAGGAGUGCAACAGCGAGUGCAAGGGCGAGAAGGGCUCCAUCUGUGGCGGGGUGAACCGGCUGUCUGUCUACAGGGUGGAGGAGCUGUGGGCAGCGGCACCACGACGGAGGAAUGUUAUCUAUCGAGGAUGUUUUAGAGCUCCAGAAAAUUUAACAGACACCUUUCCAGCCUCUUUGAUACAGCCCAAUUUGACGGUGGAGAUGUGCUCUGAAUUUUGCUCCAAGAAAGAAUUUCCCUUGGCAGUCAUCCGAGGGCGGGAGUGAUACUGCGGCUACCCCACUGGGCGCUUCUCGCUGCACAGCGGCGCCGACAGGCAGCUCUGCAGCGGGAUGCUCAACGUCAGCACUGCUGCCGGGGGGAAGUGCCUGGUCUACCAGACGCCAGUGCAAGACACCCGCUGCACAGACAGAAAAUUCUUAACCACUAAAUCCAAAGUGUUUGUUGCUUUGUCAAGUUUUCCUGGAGCUGGCAAUACAUGGGCUCGCCAUUUGAUAGAGCAUGCUACGGGCUACUACACGGGCAGCUAUUACUUCGAUGGAGCCCUCUACAACAAAGGUUUUAAAGGAGAAAAAGACCAUUGGAGAAGUAGAAGGACCAUCUGUGUGAAAACUCAUGAAAGCGGCAAGACAGAGAUUGAAAUGUUUGACUCUGCCAUCCUGUUGAUAAGGAACCCGUACAAGUCGCUCAUGGCUGAGUUCAACAGGAAAUUCGCUGGGCACCUAGGCUAUGCCACGGACCGCAACUGGAAGAGCAAAGAGUGGCCUGAUUUCGUGAACAGCUAUGCCUCCUGGUGGGCCUCCCAUGUCCUGGACUGGCUGAAGUAUGGAAAACGCCUCCUUGUCAUCCACUAUGAGGACUUGAAACAGAGCCUCAUCCCCAAGCUGAAGGAGAUGGUGGAGUUCCUCAACAUGACAGUGACAGAGGACCGGCUGCUCUGCGUUGAGAACAAUAGGGAUGGGAAUUUCAAGCGGUCUGGUGCUAAGCAGAAGAAUUUUGAGCCAUUCACCCAGGAAAUGAAAGAUCUUAUCAACAGAUACAUCCUGACAGUGGAUGAAGCCCUGAGGGGAAGAAACUUCACAGGGCUACCCAGAGAGUAUGUGCCAAGAUGAUAGUGUGGUAGCACUCAGCUAUGUUUAGAAAUAUAUAUUUUUUUUCAUAAAAAAAGACCUGUAUAGCAGCUAAAGCAAAGAUACUUGUGGAAUCUGCUGAGUAGUGCAAAUUCUCUCUACUCUUGGAUGUUCUUCAGGGCACUAAGAGCUCCAAAAGACAAAACAAGGAUAGAAACCAAGGCAAAGCUACCAGCGUCUGCCUGCGUGUGCCCCUCUGUGCACAAACGGCCAGAACUCCGCAGCUGCUGUGUGUGAUGCUGCUCCUGCAGCAGGCAUCCGCCACCAGGGUUGCUGGGGAUUUCACAGCUACCGAGUUGGAAAUGGGUAUAUGUAAAGGGAGAAAAAAAAGUCUUAACACUGACAAAUGAUUUUCAACGGAGCACUUAAGACAAUAAAUUCUGUUCUCAGCAUGGUCCAUGGCUUCCCUCUUCGGGUUUGCUGGCCAGGGCAGGCUCCAGGCUCCCUGUGGGAGCUGAAGCAAGCCCUUACCAGGCAGGGUGAGGGGAUCAGGCCCCCCAGGGAGCACCGAGGUGGUCUUGACAGAUGCUGAAGGCUGCACCACCACUCUCCAGAGCCAGCCAGCAAGGUGCUCGCCCCAGCUACUGCUGCUUGCUCCGCUUUGUGCCAGGGAGUACACGGUGCUCAACAGCCACCAGCGUGGAAGCCUAUGAACGGCACAGCCUAAGGGACUGCAAGAUGCUUCUGUUCGUGUGAAAUAAAGGAUUCCUUGAAAACCUGCCUGAAAACAGUAGUUUUAAUAAAAUAAGGAGUUUGUAUAAAGGGAGCUGGGCUUCCUCUGCGUGUGUCAUUUGUGCUUUGAAAUAAUAGUCCCAUUCCACACACAGCUCCCUGUUUGUGCUUGGGACACUUCCCCCCCCAGCCUCUCCCCUCAGGUCUCCCCCAGCAACCAAACUACCUUGACAGUGGUGCAGUUACAGACAACUGAGCAGAUUUACAACAAAAGCCAAAAAUCUUCUGCCAUUUACAUGACAAACACAGCCAGAAGAAAAUCAGCUUGAUUCUGAUGCUGAAAAUCCACGUAAAGGCAAGUGGGGAAGAAUUAAAAACAAAACACACACACACAAAACAGAACAAAGGAGGUUGUGGCAAAUGAUUUAGAAAGCUUUAUUCAGCUUCCAUUACCUGAACCCCACUUAAUAUUAAUACCCAACGUUUUACUUUUUCACAUAAGCUGCACUAUAUAAUGGUUGUCACUAAAACGUUAACAGAAAAGAUAAUAGUAGGCAACCUUGACAAAUGUCACUCCAAGUAGUUGUAAAACAUCACUAAGAGUCAGACAACUGACAGAAAAGUAGAAUCCCUAAAAUCCAACAAGAGGAAAGCACUUUCUUUAAAUAGCGAAUAAGCAUUCAUAUUCCUAAAGUAACACGCACACCGCACUGCACAAUGCCUUCACAUCAGCAAAUACAAAUUUCAGCCAGCUUGAGCCUUCCUUGCUCUCCCUGACUGGGGAGCAGCGUCUGGGCACCCCCAGCACUCAUGCACCGGGACACGUGGUGGUGGCGCGAGGGCUUCCCACUGGCACCUUCUGCCUGGGGCUGCUGGCCCGCCACACGCGCGGGUCCGUGCCUUCAGAGUUCUCCCUGCCAGCCCCCUUGUAGUGGAGAACAAGCAACAAAGUGGGUAAAUCUGGAAGCUGCAAAAUAGGUCUAUCACCACCGUUACUGUGACUUAAAAAAGAACAGAUUCUUUUUGGACAUAGGCAUUAAAAUGCUUUGAAGACCUGUUUGGGCACCAAUUCCUGUCAGUGGAUUUGGGCCAUGUCCCAUGGAAUUUGAGCCCAGGCCUAGGCCAGUUGUGCAAAUUCUUCACACGAGACCGCAGGCCAGAACUGUGGGUCCACCACAAAACAUGAGGAUUGUGAGAAAGACAUUACAUUGCCAUUACAUAGCUUGGUCUAAAUUUAUGGAAUCAUUUAAGUACAUAUAUAGGUCAUUUCACCACUGUAACUGGUGAGGAUACAGACAGCUUGCAAACUCUCAAAAAGACUUUGUAAUUAUGUGCAUGUCCUGUAUUGAAGGCUCCAGGUGGCUAAAAUUAGAACUGUAGAACAUGAAUAUUCAUAAACUCUGUGCAUGCCAAAAAUCAGCUCAUUGUAGCUAACCAAUACUCAAUAAAUGAGG